AUGGGCAAGAAUAACAAACGAAAGAACCGAAAACGAAAACCACAAACAAACAAGCCAGAUACGAAUUUUGUUACAGAAGCGGGACCGGGAUGUUAUAUAGCUCGCCGAGACCAUUCUCCCUCAUGGCUGAUUGAAUGGGAGGACGUCGAUCCUUCUGAAUUUGAGGGCGACGAAGUUCCUGAUGUUGCUGUGGACACGGAAGAAAGGACAUUGUCACUUUGUAAUAUUCGCGACUUAACUCAGAUUGCAUACAUCACAGUUUAUGAGACAGCCGUAUUGGACGCAAAGGGAAAGGAUCUUCCAAUGGGAUACACCAGAGACAACACUGGAAAGGAACACAAAUGUGUGACAUUUAUUGUUCUAUGCCCGCCACGAGUGUUUUGUCACCUCUGUUACCUGGACGUUCCCUUGGAUCAAGAUAUUACAUCAAUACGAAUAGAAAGUGACGUGAGGGAUUGGAAUCAACAUCCAGAUCCCGCUGACGAACAUCCGCAACGAAUAGGUUUCCCACUGGAAGGCGGCCCUUUUCUAUGCACACAAGGCGAAAAUGGAACCUUGACUCAUUUCUUUUCCGGCAAUUUGCAUGCAAUUGACUUUCGAUGUAAUGUAGGAACGCCACUGCUUGCUGCAGCGGAUGGAGUAGUAAUGGAGGCAAAUGACAACAACACAUUAACAGGAGUGGCAGUUUCGAACCUCUUUUCAUGGAAUAGCAUCAUGAUAAAGGUUGAUCAUGAAGAAGGAGGAGGAGAAGCAAAUGACCCAUUAUAUAUAGAAUACGUUCACAUACAAAAGGCAAAUUUAAAGAAGGGGGAUAGGGUGACUCGAGGUCAAGUUAUUGGGGCAAGUGGCAGUGUCGGAUUCUCACCAGAACCACACUUGCACUUUUCUGCCUUUCGCAGCUCGGAUCCAAUAGCACCUACGGUGCGAGUAAAAUUCCAAGGCACUAGAGAAAAUGUUGACUUUUUACCGAAGGCAGGGAAAAAACGACCAACCCCACACCAUCUGUCACAAUCCGCAAACCGGACAACAAACGACAAGAAGAUGACCAAGUACGAAGACUACGACUGGGAAGAGCUGCCAGCUGAUAUUCAAGAAGCUGCCAAGUUGUUGGGCUACAACCAGGAGCUCUGGGACAAUGAUGACGAGCCCGAUGAGUGUGAUGAAUGGUGGAAGGACCUUUCCUCGGCCCAACAAGAUGCCGCCACCAAGCUCGGAUAUACCGAAGAUAGCUGGAACAGCAGCUAA